AUGGCAGAGAAUCAAGCAGGAAGCCAUGUGCUUGCCAACAUGGCAACAGUAUCAGCUCCUUCUGAGUUUAAUUUCUCCCUUCCAGGAUCAUGGAAUCAGUGGAAAAAGAGGUUAGAAAGAUAUAUGUCGAAGCAGAGGAAAUUAACUCAAUUUAAUCUAACACCCGCACAGCAAGUAUAUAGUAUUAUUAUCGAGAAGUUUGACGCUCAUUUUAUACCCCAAAAGAACGUAAUAUUUGAACGAUUCAAGUUCAACACACGUAGUCAACAGCCAGGGGAGUCGGUGGAUGCAUAUAUCACUGCACUUCAUAGCCUGGCAGAGCAUUGUAGUUAUGGGGCUCUAAAAGAUGAGUUAAUAAGAGACCGCAUAGUAGUAGGAGUUUUAGAUGUAAAAGUAAGUGAGAGGUUACAACUCCAAAAGAACCUAACAUUAGGGGAAGCUGUAUUAACAGUACGUCAAGCCGAGCUGCAGAAUUCUCAAAACAGGAUUCUUAGGCAAGAACGAGUACAAGAAGUAGCUACGGUCAAUGCACACAGAGGUAACUACUGGUCACAAUCACAAGCAGAACCAAAUAAAUAUGGACAACAGAACACAUGGGGGAAAUCCAACAAAAACUACAAAUGUACAUACUGUAGUGUACCAAGCUGCAACAGCCGAGAAAGAUGUCCAGCAAAAGAUAGUCGUUGUCGAUUAUGUGGAAAGAAAGGACAUUGGCAAGCUAGAUGUAGAUCCGGCAGGAAUGUAAGAGUAGUUGAAGGUCAAAACUGUGCUGAAAGUGAGGUAGGAAUAGAAAAUGAAAUGGAAAACUUACAGGUGCUGAUGUAA